GGGGAGGUUAAGUGUUGCGCAGGCGCGGUAGAUCCUGGUCGCUAUGCGAGUGCUCGUGGGUGGCGGGACGGGCUUCGUUGGGACAGCCCUAACUCAGCUGCUCAAAGCCAGGGGCCACGAAGUGACGUUGGUCUCCCGACAGCCUGGCCCCGGUCGGAUUACGUGGGAUGAGCUCACUAGAUCCGGGCUGCCCAGCUGCGAUGCCGUCGUCAACCUGGCUGGACAGAACAUCCUCAACCCUCUCCGAAGGUGGAAUGAAACCUUCCAAAAAGAGGUUCUCAGCAGCCGACUGGAGACCACCGAAAUGCUGGCUAAAGCCAUCGCCAAAGCCCCACAACCUCCCCAGGCCUGGAUCUUAGUCACAGGUGUAGCUUACUACCAGCCCAGCCUGACUGCAGAGUAUGACGAGGACAGCCCAGGAGGGGAUUUUGACUUUUUCUCCAACCUGGUAACCAAAUGGGAAGCUGCAGCCAGGCUUCCUGGAGAUUCUACACGCCAGGUGGUGGUACGCUCUGGAGUUGUGCUGGGCCGUGGGGGUGGUGCCAUCGGCCACAUGCUGCUGCCCUUCCGCCUGGGACUGGGAGGCCCCAUCGGCUCAGGCCACCAGUUCUUCCCCUGGAUUCACAUUGGAGACCUGGCAGGAAUCCUGACCCAUGCCCUCGAAGCAGGCCAUGUGCAUGGGGUCCUGAAUGGAGUGGCUCCAGCCUCCACCACUACCAAUGCUGAGUUUGCGCAGGCCUUGGGUGCAGCCCUAGGUCGCCCAGCCUUCAUUCCUGUCCCCAGCACUGUGGUGCAAGCUGUCUUUGGGCGAGAGCGUGCCAUCAUGCUGCUAGAGGGCCAGAAGGUGGUCCCACGGCGGACACUUGCCACUGGCUACCAGUAUUCCUUCCCAGAGCUAGGGACUGCCUUAAAGGAAGUCGUAGCCUAAGAGGGAGGCUCACGGGCAAGGCUUGUCCCUCAUCAGGCUUCCUGGUUAGAUACUGUGAAAUAGCCUCAGGUGGUCCUCUGCUUGAGAUCAGAAACCAUCUGGUUCUUAGGGAUUCCUCUCCCAUUCCUCUUCCUCCAAAUUCCACCUUAUUUAACUGAGAAACUCCAAUUGUAAUGUCAUCAAGUUGGGACUUUAACCUCUUCAGCUCCUCAUAAAAGAUUUUCCAAGUUUGGUUUCUCUACAUAUCACGUUAUUGCCCCAGUUCUUUAUGCUUUGUAGAGAAUGCUCGGCAGUUUUGGCAAUAAACAUAAAUUAUCUCACUA